AUGCUGCUGCCCAUAACAUUAGAGAUCAUGAAAGUCAAACCUCCGACACGCCGUCCAAAUCUGACAUGCAUAAAGAACAAUCAACAGCUCAAUUCAGCAUGCCACAUUUGGACGGCGUGCGUCAAAUAUUCGACUUUCAUGACAUGGGUCUCUUCCUUGAAGUUAAGUGUCCAGGAAGCUCACAACCUAGUGUCGUGCAGUGUUCAAGACCGGGGAGCUCUAAUGUCACUCCGGUUGUUCAGGUAG